CUGGAUCGUCCUAGGCUUGUCCAAAGCAUUGGAACAGUAUGUGAUAGGCAAACAACCACCCAUCUAGUAUUAAUUUUGGACAAAUAGAGAUUAAAUGUAUACAAGAUGAUGCUCUUUAUAUCACCAACGAAGGAUGAAAGUAGGUCGGCGCAUAUAGGGCAACUCCAUUUGAGUUGUUUCUUCCGGCCCAAGUCCCAGGCGGGGCAGCAUAGAAGAUGAGGUGAUAUCGAAAUAAAAAGUCCGGUUGAAAACAGACAGAUGGGCCGGCCUGUGAGUUUGGUCGAGUGUCACAAUGAGAGACGUAUUCAGAUGGGCAGCUAAACAGAAGCACGAGCCCACUUCAUCAUCAUAAAAUAAAGAAAACACGGCCGUCUUUCUUCGUCGCGAGCAGCCGCGACGUGAGAUGACCCGGGCGCCAUGGCCGACCCCUCGCUCCGUCCGGCAGGCCACGGAGCUCCACGCUGUCCUCACCGCCUCCGGCCGCCUCCUCAACCAGCCCUCCGCCGCGCACCUCCUCAACUCCCUCGCCAGCUGCAUUUCCCCCGGCGACCCGCUCCACCUCCGCUACGCGCUCAGCCUGUUCGACCGAAUGCCCUGCUCCACCUUCCUCUUCGACACCGCGCUCCGCGCUUGCUUCCGCGCCUCCUCGGGACCUGAGCACCCGUUCCUCCUCUACCGGCGUAUGCGCCGCGGGGGCGUGCCCCCCGACGCCUUCACGUUCCACUUCCUCUUCAAGUGCUGCUCCCGCGGCCGCGCGCACGUCCUCCUGUGCCGGAUGCUGCACGCCGCGUGCUUCCGUACCAUGCUUCCCUCUGCCGUGCCGCUCAUCGCGAGCCCUCUCAUCCAUAUGUACGCUGAGCUUGGGCUCCCCGGCGAUGCCCGGCGGGCUUUCGACGAGGCCUCUGUGAAGGACGCGGUUGCCUGGACGACGGUCAUCAGUGGGCUGGCCAAGACGGGGCUGCUCGAUGAUGCGCGGCGCCUUCUGGCGCAGGCUCCGGCGAGGAACGUGGUCGCUUGGACUGGUUUGAUCUCGGCAUACUCGCGUGCUGGCCGGGCCGCUGAUGCUGUGGAUUGCUUCAACCGCAUGCUUUCUGAUGGCAUUGCACCGGAUGAGGUUACCGUGAUUGGCGUGCUCUCGGCAUGUGCUCAGCUGAAGGAUUUGGAUUUUGGAUGCUCGCUGCACAUGCUGGUUGGGGAGAGGAGGAUGUUGGUGAGUGACAGACUUGUAGUUGCGCUCAUCGACAUGUAUGCCAAGUGUGGUAACAUUGGCCGUGCAAGGGAGGUUUUUGAUGCUUUAGGUAGGGGCCGAGGACCCCAGCCAUGGAAUGCUAUGAUCGAUGGAUACUGCAAGGUAGGCCAUGUUGACAUUGCACGCUCUCUGUUUGACCAGAUGGAGGACCAUGACAUCAUCACAUUUAACUCGUUGAUCACUGGGUACAUCCAUGGUGGCCGGCUUAGAGAAGCGCUACUUCUUUUCACAAAGAUGAGGAGACAUGGUUUGCGUGCUGAUAAUUUUACCAUGGUGGGCCUUCUAACUGCUUCAGCAAGUUUAGGUGCAUUGCCACAGGGCAGGGCCUUGCACGCUUGCAUUGAGCAGAGGCUGGUGGAAAGAGAUGUUUACCUCGGUACUGCACUCUUGGACAUGUACAUGAAGUGUGGGAGGGUGGAAGAGGCGACUGUUGCUUUCAAACAGAUGAGUGUGAGAGAUGUUCACACUUGGAGCGCCAUGAUUGGAGGUCUCGCAUUCAAUGGGAUGGGUAUGGCUGCUCUGGAGCACUUCUUCUGGAUGAAGUGUGAUGGCUUUCAUGCCAAUUCAGUUACAUACAUUGCUGUUCUGACUGCAUGUAGUCAUUCAUGCCUACUGGAUGAAGGGCGUCUGUACUUCGACGAGAUGAGAUUGGUGCACAAUAUACGCCCCCAAAUUGAGCACUAUGGCUGCAUGAUAGAUUUGCUGGGCCGCAGUGGACUUCUGGAUGAAGCUAUGGAUAUUGUGCGGACCAUGCCAAUGCAGCCAAAUGCUGUGAUAUGGGGCUCCAUCUUGAGUGCUUGUAGAGUCCACAAGAAUGUUGACCUAGCUCGAAAUGCUGCAAAUCAUCUUCUGAAGCUAGAGCCAGCUGAGGAUGCUGUGUAUGUCCAGAUGUAUAACAUUUACAUUGAUUCUAGGCAAUGGGAAGAUGCAUCAAAAAUAAGGAGAUUGAUGGAAGAAAGGGGUGUGAAGAAGACUGCAGGUUACAGCUCGAUUGCUGUGGCUGGGCGGGUGCAUAAGUUUAUAGUUGGUGACCGAUCGCAUCCACGCAUAAUGGAGAUUAUUGUAAUGAUGGAGGAGAUUAGAUGCAGGUUAAAGUCAGUAGGAUAUUCACCUAUCACGUCGCAGAUAACAGUGGAUGUCGAUGAGGAAGAGAAAGAACAGGCACUUUUAGCACACAGUGAGAAAUUGGCCAUUGCAUUUGGCCUCAUCAGUCUAGCACCAAACCUGCCGGUUCAUAUCAUAAAGAAUCUCCGGGUCUGCGAGGACUGCCACUCUGCAAUCAAGUUGAUCUCAAGGCUUUGGAACCGGGAAAUCAUUGUUAGAGACCGGAGUCGGUUCCAUCACUUCAGGGGUGGAGCAUGUUCUUGCAAUGAUUUUUGGUGAUUAACGUUUUGUAAGGCGCUGGUCCUGGUGUAAAGCUUGAAGGAUGAGGAAACACUAAACAUAAUACUAUUCCAUCUUCAGAGUAGCUUUCAGGUCGUGAUUCCCAGUUGCCAAAGGUAUCCUCUGUUCUCUUCGAUGUGCCAUUUAAGUUAGAGUGAUUACACAUAUUCAUCUUCUGAGAGCACUGGCUACUUUAUCAGGAAAAGGUCAGUUGUGUCA